AUUCGCUUCUCCCUCCCAAACCGUCUUUUAGAGGUAAAGUUUGGCCGCCCGGCUUCCCUUGACCCGCCACCCCUGGGACCAGUCCGCUUGGUGGGGAAGAAUUCCGGCUUCGAAGGGUUGGCACGAGGAGGAAGCUUGAAGGGCAGCUCGUCCCGUUUGGGUCAUUUUUAUUAAUAAUAAUAAAAAAAAGAAAACAAACCCAACAACAACCCAACAGCCACAGCAAUAAUAAAACCUGUCCCCUCCUCCUCCUCCACUACGCAGUUGGGAGCUUUGCCUUCGGUCGUGUUUGGAGUCCAGGGGAUUUAGAGGAGACCAACCGCCCCACCAGGGCCCGGGACGCCUGGAGAAUUCCACUUUGGGACGGUUUCGUGACCCCGACAUCAGGCAAAUCGGGAAAGGAGGAUCUGAACGCCAAGGCAGAGGUGGAUUCUGACAUUUGGAAGGACUGGGAAGAGUGCAAUCCAGGCCAAGCCGCCUGGGCCUGGAAGACCCGUCCGAAAGAGACUAAGAGAAGUGAUGAAAUAAAUUUAAGAAUCUCUCGAGGCGUCCGGAGAAGUAUUGGAGAAAGACCAACUGGAAAAAGACCCACCCGAUAACAACUAUAUUAAAGCCAGGUACUGUGCAAAGGGGAAAGCUAUGAUCAGGGAAACACCAAGCAGAGGAGCUCUGCGUCCACGGAGGAGAAGGUUUUCCGAAGCCUGAAGAGCCGCUACCCGCGGCCCCUGAGUGACCGUUUGGAGGACCGAGUUUGGAGAGGCAGGAUUGUCAGCGGAGAAGAGCUGCAGUCCCCUUCUUGAAGCCACUCUGCUGUGUGACUCCAGUCACUCCCCUACCAGGUGACAGGGACGAAGGUCUCCUCUAACGUUAGCAACUCUGUUUGCACUGGGCGAGGGACACUGCGGCACCGGAGCUGGGCGACGGGCAGAGUGUCCAUGCCGGCUCCGCCUCUCCCCAGCCUGCCCGCGGGGCCCAGAUCUCAGGGGCUGUGAGUUCCCUCUGGUCUGGCCCGGGCAGCCCUGCCUGAAGUGGGAGAGAACUGAGUGGUGACUGUGGCGCCGUCCCCCAAAGACUACACCCUCCCCUCCGGGCCUGGAGUGGUUUUCGAGGUGCCCCCGCCACCGUUCACCGGGCUGCAGAUAUGGACUCUGAGCCCCUCCGGCCCCGGCUCAAGUUGACUCGGUUGACCUCACCAUGGGCACGCACGAGGACGAUCAUUUCCCCUCGACUAUGGUCUACAUCGUGGUGGAGCUGGUCAUCGCGGUGCUGGCCAUCCUGGGCAACGUGCUGGUCUGCUGGGCCGUCUACCUGAACAGCAACCUGCAGAACGUCACCAACUACUUCGUGGUGUCCCUGGCGGCGGCGGACAUCGCCGUGGGGAUCCUGGCCAUCCCCUUCGCCAUCACCAUCAGCACCGGCUUCUGCGCCUUCUUCCACGGCUGCCUCUUCAUCGCCUGCUUCGUCCUGGUCCUGACCCAGAGCUCCAUCUUCAGCCUGCUGGCCAUUGCCAUCGAUCGGUACAUCGCCAUCCGCAUCCCGCUCAGGUACAAUGGCUUGGUGACUAGCCCACGGGCCAAGGGGAUCAUCGCUAUCUGCUGGGUCCUGUCCUUCGUCAUCGGCCUGACGCCCAUGCUGGGCUGGAACAAGUGUUCCCAGGGGGCGGGGAACAGCUCUCGGGUGUGUGGGGACAGGAAGAUGGAGUGCCUCUUCGAGGCCGUCGUGACCAUGGACUAUAUGGUCUAUUACAACUUCUUCGCCUGCGUGCUGUUGCCCCUCCUGCUCAUGUUCGGCAUCUACUUGAAAAUUUUCAUGGCGGCCCGCCGGCAGCUCAAGCAGAUGGAGAACAAGAUGGUGCCCGGGGAACGGUCUCGCUCCAUCCUGCAGAAGGAGGUCCACGCGGCCAAGUCCCUGGCCAUCAUCGUGGGCCUGUUCGCCUUCUGCUGGCUGCCCCUGCACAUCAUCAACUGCUUCACCCUGUUCUGCCCCGGCUGCCGCCACGCCCCGCUGUGGCUCAUGUACCUGGCCAUCAUCCUGUCCCACACCAACUCGGUGGUCAACCCGUUCAUCUACGCCUACCGGAUCCGGGAAUUCCGCCAGACCUUCCGCCGCAUCCUCAGGCAGCACCUUCUAGGCAAGAAGGAGCAGUUCAAGGCGGGCGCCUCCAGCACGAGGACUUCCACCACCUACGGUGGGGACGGCGAACACCCCAGCAUCAGGAUCAAUGGCUACACCCUGAGCGUCUGUGCCAACGGGGGCCCGGGAGCCGUCCGUAGGGGCACCGAGGAGCUGGGGCCCCUGAGGGAGGUGGGCACGGCGUGGCGCUCCAAUGGAAACGGCCUGGACCUGGAGACCAACGGGCACGUCCUCGAGUCCGGCGGGGACGGGGACCUGGUGGACCUUGGAGCGACCUCGAGCACGGGGCUCCUCCCCCCGGGGCUGCUGGGCAUCUGCCCGGAGGGCGCUUCCGCUCUGGAGGCCGAAGACGUCUCCUGAAAGUUUCUGCCGCAUCUUCCUGGUGGUGAUGAGACCUGGAUUUCCUCCCGACCGAUUCGAGGGUGGCGGAGAGGGGCAGGAAGUAGCGUGCCUGGGUCGGAGGCGUCGGAGCGGACUGUUCAAUCUCAAUCCUUUCGGGACCAACCGGACAGGCGGGGAGGCCAGAAAGAAGGCCUGGAGAGGAGGAAAGGAGUCACACCUCGUGGGUCCAAAUAUUUGACUCCUCCCUGCCCCCUCUAGGGUCGUGCACUAGAAAGCUGGGAUGAGCUGAGGGUUCCAGUGUCCUGCCCUGCUCUGGGAAUGCCCAGCUCCCAGAGCACGGAUGAGAAGAGCCUUCCUUGGCCUUGGGAAGAGGAACUGUGGAGCAAGCAGGCCAGCACGGUCCGAGCCUGCUGGUCAGACAAGACACACCUGGUCCUCCCUGCCUGGGGAUGGAAGUGUCUUCGGCAGGGUUCCUGAAGUUUCACCCAACAUGAAGGAGGAGUCUGAGUCAGAAGUGGGAAGUCUGGGU